AUGAGCCGCCGUAUAGGGGCUGUCAAAUCUCGACUCGGGUGCAAAACCUGCAAAAUCCGAAGAGUCAAAUGUGGCGAGGAGAAGCCAAGUUGCCUUCGCUGCUCUAGCACAGGACGGAAAUGUGAAUAUGAGGAUAGAGAGGCAUCGCCUUGGAUUACCUCCGCUCCCAGACACGCACUAUCAUUGUCUCAAAAUGCAGCGCGGCGAGAAUGUCGCGCAUUUGAAUAUUACUUUCAACACGUGUCUCAACAUCUUGCAGGUGGAUCAGAUGUAGAUUUCUGGACGGGAGUUGUUCCGCAGAUCUGCCGCAGUGAACCCGUUGUGUGGGACGCAGUGAUUACAAUUAGCGCAUUGUACGAAAAUCCGAGGCAGUGUGUGGACUUUCAUUUUUUGAGGGGUCGCCGAAAUGAGGCAUAUUUGCUUAAUCAUGCCCAGCAGGAAGCAUUGAUAUGGUAUUCGCGAUCGAUAUCUGGUGUUUCCUCGCAGAUCCAGCGAGGAAAUACAGAUCCUUACAUUGCACUCAUCAGCUGCGCACUAUUUAUCUGCGUCGAGACAAUCCAAGGACGUAUGGAGAAGGCCUUGGAGCUUUACCGACAGGGUAUCAUUUUGAUGCUUGACCUCCAUGCCCAAAUCGCUCAUGGAGGAGUAUCCACCAGUAAGGCUGUUCUGUUAAAACGCAGCAUUGCUCCAUUAUUCCUACGGCUAGGCACAAGUUCCCUGACCAUUUCAGGGGCUCAGUUUUCUAUGGAACCUUUUGCCUUUGUAGAAACAAACAUGAGUGCUGGCUUUGCAUCCGUCGAUUCCGCAAGGACCACUAUCUCUGCCCUGGCUGCGGAGGCUAUCCUCUUUGAGCGUGAGGCAAACUUACACCUCAAGGAAGUUGGUGCAGAUUCCGCUGUAAGCCCAGAAAUGGCCGCGAAAAAAGAAGCGCUCCAAGCCCGUCUCGCUGAAUGGCAUCGGGAAUACACCAAUAUUUGCCAAAGCAACAGCUCUGCACCCGCUGUCCCCAUGUACCCAGAGCCUAUCCUGCUUACAUACCAUGCUGCUGCGUUGAUUCUAGUGACAGGAUGCCUAAGGCAACAGGAAACCGUUUUCGAUUUCCAUUUUGAAGACUUUGUCACUAUCGUCGAGCAGUCUAGGUUGAUUCUCAAUGCCUCAGCAGGUCCUAAUGGCACCCAACCACCAUUUACAUUUGAGAUGAGUGUGGGUGUCCCUCUCGCUAUGACUGUGAUGAGAUGUCGGGACCCAAACAUACGGCGAAGGGCUUUGGAUCUAUUGCGACUAUCACCUCCAAUACAAGGAUUUUUCAAAUGCGCCCCUGUGGCUCUUUUGUCAGAAGUAUUGAUGAAACUGGAAGAGGGCUAUAGCCUUGCUCUGAGGCAGGAGAACACAGUAGCACCUUCGCACAAAAUUACCGACAACAAUGUUUUAAUCGGCCUACCAGUCGCCAUAACAACGGAUGAGACAAACAGGUCACAAGCAGCCCUCAUCCCCGAAGAGGCUCGUAUACAUGACUAUGGUAUCUUCAGAUUGAAUGAAUGGCAACCUUCGUGGAUCACUGAGGAAGAUCUCGCACCGUUUCCCCACGGUUCAAACCAACUAUAUUUGGGGUUUUCAAGAAAUCAAUACGACAAGGAAAGCAGCACUUGGCGGCCGAUUUCUCAAUGUAUACCCUUAGAGGCCAGUUUUUAA